ACGAUGGGCAAUGCAAAUUCCGUCCAGCUGGAGGACCUCGUUGGGUCGACAAACUUCACAGCAGAGGAAAUUCAGCGGCUGCACAAGCGGUUCUCCAAGCUGGACCGCGACAACUCUGGCACAAUUGACAAGGACGAGUUUUUCUCGAUCCCGCAGCUGGCCAACAACCCGCUGUCGUCGCGGCUGAUUGACAUUUUCGACACAGACGGCGGCGGUGACGUUGACUUUAAGGAGUUCAUUACUGGCCUGAGCACGUUCAGCAGCAAGGGGCGCGAGGAGGAGAAGCUGCGGUUCAUGUUCAAAAUCUACGACAUGGACCGCGACGGGUAUAUCUCGAAUGGCGAGCUGUUUCUGGUGCUCAAGAUGAUGGUGGGCAACAACCUGACGCCGCAGCAGCUGCAGCAGAUCGUCGACAAGACGAUCAUGGAGGCCGACAAGAACGGCGACGGCAAGAUUGAUUUUGACGAGUUCCGGCGGUUUGUUGCCCGGACCGACGUCGCCAACCAGCUGACGAUCGACGAGCAAAAGUUCUAGCCAUUCAUUAUUAGGUGUGCUUUAAUAAAGAGAGUAACCAACAACGUCCAUUAGUGCCAGGUGUUGGUG